AUUGUCUUAAUGGCGCUGUCAAGAGAAUUAUUAAAACGGUUAAACUCGGAUGACUAUCCUUUACCAAAGCGAUUGAAAUUAGCAGAAACUGCAUUUUAUGCAGAGGAUCUGCCACUUGUUCGUAAAGAGGAUUUAUUGUUGGAAUGGCUAUGCAAAAUUUGUCCUACGAAUGAACAUAGUUGGAAGACUUUGAAUAAUUGUUUGAGAUCUGUCUAUAUUAAUAUUACGGCUAGCAUGAAACAAUGUUUAAUUGAUAUGCUUAUACAAGCAUUAAACAGUAAUAUGGAAAACAUAUAUGAGGAUAUAUUGAAAAGUUGCAGUUUGGUCCUAACUAAUAUUAGUAUGCGACAAUAUUUUAUAAACAAGCCAAAAAUUCUAGGUCUCUUAAUAAAGACUCUACUUAACAAUAUUUCAAAACAUUAUAGCGAUCUAAUGCAAGAAGAUUUUAAUGAGCUAUCUGAACCAUGUAAAUUGUCACCUUUAGAAAAUGACACUGUAAUAGACAUACUUGAAAGUCUCAUGCAAAUAUAUAAACAGAUGAUCCUUACAAAAGAUGAACUAAGGUCAAUUUUUAUACAAGAUAUUUUAUAUCUUGUUUGUAGCUUAGUCGAUCAUACAAAUAUGGAUAAUACAAAUAGGCUUGGUGUAGCAGUCUACAAAUGUAUCCAGCGGCUAUUGCUAGGAAAAAACAGAUCUGUGCAGACUAAAGAAACUGAAGAAUCAAAUCAAUCAAUGUUAUCAGACUUGUUUUGUAUAUUAUCUAAACAUGUAGAGACAUCAAGUCUUCGAUGUAAUCUUCUGACAUACCAGUUUAUUUUUCGUUCUAUAAUAGGUACUUACAAAUCAGAUCCUAUUUUGUUGGAUGUAUUCUUCAGAAAUCUAAUUAACUCUUCUGGAAAAUAUAAAUGGGAAAUUUUAGACUCUUUCCUUAAAUUACUAAAUGAUAUAAUAUUCAAUUUUGAUAACACUGUGGAAGGUAUCACAUUGACCGAGUAUUUCCAAAAUCUUAUAAAUAACAUUUUAACACAUGAUAAUAUGAUAUCUGCGCAUUAUGGAAUACUCAUUCAACUUUCAUAUAUCAAUCCGGUUUUAAUAGAGAAUAAUAUCUCGGAUAUCUUAAAUAAAAUACUUAUAAAAGAACAAACUGUUUAUCAUACAAACUUGUUAAUUGCAAUUCUACAUGCUAGCACGAAAUUAAGACGAGAACAAAAAUUUAUCUCGCAAUUGUUAACAUCACUGAAGCAGCAAACUACAAUAAAGAAAACAUAUAAAGAAGAUACUACAUUUUUUUUGGAUGAAUUUAGAAUCAAACUGAUGAAAACAAUUAGCAACUUUACCAGUUCACAGACAAUAACAACUAUAAGAACAUUAGUAUAUUAUUUAAAUACUGAUUGUGCAGAGUUAUUGCAAUCUAAUACUUCAUGUAAAAAUAUAUUAUUAUUAAAGGUAACAGUAGAACUACUCACCAUACUUUUUGAAGGUAUGCAGGUUUUCGAAUAUACCAGAACAUUAUCUGCUCAUGAGAAAUUUGUCAAUGGUCUAGAUGAAAUAGGAAAUGCACUGUCGUUAUUGAUAAACAAGGCAUUGUGCUUGAAUCAUAACAAAACUGUUAUUAUAAUAUUGCUAAGUGCAGUGCAAUCUUUGAGCGAAAUACAAAGUAUGUUUAAAUAUUAUAUAUUGAAAGAUCCUGUUACAAAGAAACUACCAUUUCCAAUUCUGGAUGAUCCUUGGCAACAAUUGAUUCAAAGAAUUACUAAUUUUGGAGAAGAUAAUUGCAAAAAUAUCAUGAAUAAACUUAUUUUAUAUCGACUAAAAAUAGAAAUAUCAAAUAAACCAAUUAAACUUCAUGGUUUAAUAGAUGGCCUUGAAUAUUCCUGGAGCACUAUUUUGAAGCAUGACACAACUAUGCUUUCUUUGUUACAUGACAAAGAAAUAUCAAAAGUGACAUAUUUAUUAUUAGUGGAUAUAACAUCAAGUGAAAAAAAUUUUCAUGAUUGGCUUCAUAUAUUGGAUAAAGAGUAUCUUCAAGAAAAUAGACGCUUUAUAAUGUAUCUUUUAAGUCAUAUUUUUAUCCAGAUAGGACAAAGCUUUUCAUUGCCCAUUACGGAACAUAUUAGUGCUAAGCUAUUGAUGGAAAAUGAGUAUAACAACAAAUUAUUAGAAAUCUUACAAAUUCUAAAAGAACAAAUAUCACAAGAACAUUGGUUGCAAAUGACAAACACAAUUUCUUUAAAAAUUGAAUUAUAUUUAGAAAUAUUUCUCCAUUUACCGACGAUGUAUUUCAGUUCUAAUGUAAAAAUAUUGAUAUUUCUGGUUGUGUAUUCUAUUAGUAGGAAAUAUGAAACAAAUGACAAAGUAUCAGGAUUAUGCAACAUGAUAUUUUCAGAUUUACUCGAAAAAGCUGGAAUUGACGUAUUUCAAUAUAUAGAACCAAAAAUAUUAGUAAAUCAGUUAUCACAAAAUAAAGUAUUUUCAAAGGCUUGCGAGUUCUCUCUUCGGAAUGUGAAAACGUAUGCUACUUUAAAGAGUUUCGUAAAAGUUUGUGAUCAACACAAAGAAAUUAUGUGCAUUAUUUUGGAAUGCAUGGAUGCCGUCAGAUCAAAAUUGGAUACCGAACAAAAAGUUAUUUUUAGGAAAGCAGAGAAAAAAUUAGCCAAAGCCAUUUUAAAAAUAUUACCUGAAGAUAUAAAUAGUGAUUUUGACGUAAGAUGUUUAACAGCAGUGUUAAAAGUAAAGUUUCAAACUGGAAAAAUUACUGACCCUUUGAAACAAUUGACUGAAGUAACUCUCAGAAAUAUAUUCGCGAUAACAGAAAAUUCAAGCAAAACAAAUAGCAAAUUAUUACAACAAGGUAUAUUAUUAUCGAUUAUUGUUUUACAACAUCGCAAAAUGUUUGAAAUUCAUACGAUCAUCAAAAACUUAUGGUUUGUGAUGCUGAAACAUCCGUACAAGAAUUUGAUUGAACUUUUAUUAGUGUCUAACGAGUUAAAAGAAUUUUAUGAACUUUUGAAACUAUUGCAAGAUCAAACGAUCAAUAGUUUGAUACAAAAAAAUGAAACAGAAUGGACAAAUCUGUUUGUUGUUUGGAGCAGUAUAAUGAAGACAGAUAUGAAUGUUAAACGUAACAAGAUGCGUUUAAAUGUAAUCAACAAUUUGUUCCAAACUGUAUUAAGAUUAGAUGUCCCUACCGCAUAUUGGUCAGGAUUGUUGCAUUUAUCUCACGAUAUAAUCAGUGCCAAGCACUUACUUAUUCCUGAUAUUACAAUUGAUCUUAUUACACUGAUCAGUUUAAAAUCGCUCGACGAAGCAAAUAUAUCAUCAUGCGAAGACGUGCUUGCUAUAUGCAGAACUUUAAUAAAGGUCAAAACAGACUUGAUAAUAGAUAGAUUGCCUAAUUUAUUAUUAUUGUAUAGACAUACAGUAAAUAUCAUUGUCCAUGCGUCAAAAAAUAUAACUGAUAAAUUUGACGAACAUCGAUUUAGAUGUUUCGCACUCGAUGUUACAAAAUUUACAAGCAUGCUGGUAAAAUUAAAGAAAGAUAUGAUACGACUGGGUCCGUAUGUAAUUGCGGAUCUUUUGCAAUUAAUUGUGGAAGGCACUAUACCCUCUUAUGUUAAGAUGGCUAUACACGAAUCUCUAUGUCAAUUAAUUAGCAUCUGCGAUCAACAUGGACUCGCCUUUUUAUCUCGUACAUUACCAACAUCGUUACAAGAAGUUUUUAAAGUACAGUUAAAUACGUUUAAAAAGUUUUAUAAAUAUUCUGGCAAAAUUUAA